CCGGUCAGACACCGGCACCGGAGCGCUUGGAGGACGGGGGCCGGCUAGCACUGGAGGAAGCGCAGGCUUGGCUGCGGGCUCUGUCCGCCCUCCAGGGCUUGCCCCUCGGUACCCCCAGCCCGACGCUGGCAGCAGAUUCGGGGCGCGCCUUCGGGCAGCUGCAGCGCACGGAGAUGUUCCCGGCUACUGCUGGGACGGGCUGGGUCCCUAAAGCGCUCAGCCCCCGCGGUUUCUGCCUCCUUUCGGGCGGCCCCCGGACCCGCGGGGCUGGCUGAGCCCGGCUGCGCUGCCCCGACGGCCGCGCCGCUCCCGCCGGCUCCGCGCUCCGCCUCGGCGGGACGCGCCGCUGCUCCGCCGGCCUUGCCCCUCUCGGGGGGCCUGAGCAGCCCCCCGCCCUUCGAGAGACAGCAACGGGACAAAGUUAAAAACAAAAACAAAAAACAACCCUCCCCCAAAAAACCAAACCCUCAGUGAUACAGAGCCAUGAGCGCGGGGCUGCGGAUCGGGAGCCACGGUUUAACACCCCUGCACACAGACAUUGCCAAAGAGGCUUUUUCCUCCAAAGCUGCGAAAUUCCCGGCACACUGCAGAGCCUCAGAAAGCCAGUUUGCAAUGGGAGGGCUGCAGAGGCGGCUGCCUCCCCCGGCCAAGGCAGGCCGGUCAGGGGCUCCCCGCAGCCGGACCGCUCGGCCGGCCGGCCCGUGGGCAGGGGAGCGCCCAGCGUGCGCGGAAAGGCGGCGGAGGCGGUGGGAGGGGGGUAGGGUUUAAUUCUUCUUAACUGUCAUACUUUAAUGGGGAUGGAAAAUGUGAAUUUUCUGUGCAUUCCAGGAACAAUUCCUUGGGGUGGUGACCUUUAGCACCGAUUCUCUGAAGACAGGAAAGUAGUCGAGUGUUUAUCUGGAUGACUGAAAGCUUUCCCUGGUGGAAGUUUAUGGAAGUGUUAAAAGGGGCGGAUAACACGGGCUUUGGAGGCGCUUGUCCAAUGAUCUGGAGGGGCUUGGAGAGCAGAUCUCAGCUGGCAGACAUUUAAAUGGGAGACAGCUCGGCGCUGCUGCAAUUUGUAGGCAGGACCCGACAUUCUCUCUCUCUAUGGACUCCCGGGCAGCUUCGGGCUCCCACGCCACCCGCUCCACCGAGUGACCCAUCGCUCAGAGCCCCGCAGAGCCCCAGCCCGCGCCGAGGAGCCGCCGAGCCGAGCCGAGCCGAGCCCCGCCGCCGCGCAGGAUGGUCCGCACGCUGUAUGCCCUCGGUGCCCUGUUUCUCCUGAUGGGGUUUCUGCUGCCAGCGGCCGAAGGCAGAAAGCGGAAUCGUGGAUCUCAGGGCGCUAUCCCUCCUCCUGUCAAGGAUCAGCCCAAUGAUUCGGAGCAGAUGCAGACACAGCAGCAGUCAGGCUCCAGGCACCGGGAGCGAGGGAAGGGCACCUCGAUGCCUGCCGAGGAGGUGCUGGAGUCCAGCCAGGAGGCGCUGCACAUCACCGAGCGCAAGUACCUGAAGCGGGACUGGUGCAAAACCCAGCCCCUCAAACAAACUAUCCACGAGGAGGGCUGCAACAGCCGCACCAUCAUCAACAGGUUCUGCUAUGGCCAGUGCAAUUCCUUCUACAUCCCCAGGCACGUCCGUAAAGAAGAAGGCUCCUUCCAGUCUUGUUCCUUCUGCAAGCCCAAGAAAUUCACCACUAUGACUGUUACACUCAAUUGCCCCGAGCUUCAGCCCCCAAGGAAGAAAAAAAGAAUCACCCGGGUUAAGGAGUGCCGGUGUAUAUCUAUUGACUUGGACUAAGUGGAGAAAAAGUAGCAAUUGCACUCUGACUGUAUGCAAUCACCGCCGUUGUGAGAGUGAGUGGCAUGAACUAGCCUACCUUCAAGGCUGGGCAAAACUGAAAGGGACCUAGUGAAUUACCUAAAACAAGAAAAAACCCCCCCAAAAGAAAGAAAAAAUUAAUGUAAGGAAAGGGCAUGCAUGUGUGUGUGUGUAAGGGAGAAAAUGGAGAUAUGGAUGAGCAAAUGCAUGAAUGUUCACUACAAAAAAAAAAAAAAAAGAAACCAAAACAAACCAACAAACAAAAACAGCGUUUGAGACAUUAAAAAACCCCUAAUUACCCAUAGCCAUGAAUUAGGUUUCCGAAUUCAUGUGUAUAUUCACAAUUUUGCCGCUUGCUGGGAAAGUGGAGCUGUGGCUUUUGCGAAUGUUCACCUUUGUGCUAUUUGCUUUUACUGUAUUACGUGAAACAUCAAAGCCAGAGGACAAUAUAUUUCAAAGCACGAAUCUAUUCUUAUAUAAGAAAUAGACAAAGAGCAAUUUCAAGUGUAGCACAGCCAUCACUGAAAAUAGAAGCUGUGUUGAGAGUUUGUAACACGCUUCUUCAAUAAAAGAGCUGCAAUCCAAAAUCCAUGUCUGGAGAACAAUGGGGGGAUGUGGGAGUGCUGAAAAGUCAAUAUAGGUGGAUGGGAAACAGAUCUACAGCAACUUAGA